GGCCGGAUAGGACCAGACCGGGCCGCGCCGCCAUGUGCUGCCGGGCCCGGCGGCUCCUGGGACGGGAGUAUCGGGAGCACCGAGCUGCCCGCCUCUUCGGCAUUUUUGCCAGGCCUGUAAAUGAUAACUUCCUGGAGUGGUUAGCUGAAGUCCAAGGCCUCAAGGAUUCACUCUGGGAAGGGGCUGUUCUUCAGCUGUCACUGACGUAUAGUGAAAAGUACAAUGAUGUCCCUCCAACUGUUAAGUUCAACACCAUUCCCUUCCAUCCCAACGUGGAUCAGUACUCUGGGAGGCCGUGUAUAGACUUCCUUGACAACCCUGAGCAGUGGAAAGAAACGUUAACAAUAAGUAACAUUUUACUUGCUAUUCAGGUGAUGCUUUCAAAUCCGGUAACAGAAAAUGCAGUGAACAUGGAAGCAGCAGAAAUGCUGAAAAACAAUAUGCCUCUGUAUAGGCAAAUGGUUAUGCAGUGUGUUAGAAACAGCCUGCAUCCCGAAGAACUUACUCGUACAGAGAAAGAUUGUGUUUCUUCUUUGAAGUUUUACCAGCCAGCUGAAGGAUCUUCUCUGGGUUCUGCCAGAGGGAUUAGAAGAAUUUCAUUUGAAGAUUACCACAGGACGUGGUCUACAAUAGCUACAUCAAAAGCAGGAAAUCAUUUUAAAGACUCAUUUUUUGAAGAUCUAGAAUUCGUAGGGAACUACAGUGGCUGGAAAGCAAAAAACGAGAAAGGAACAGAAGACUGGGGUGAGGAUAGAUGCACUGCCAUCAUCUCUCAGCUCAUCAGAAAGCAAAGGAAACAGACACCUGCAAGACUGUCUGAAUUGAGCAAGAUUGAGUUACAAAACUACCAGUUUUGCCAGUCUCCAGAUGUGCCUGAUGUCCCAUCAGAAAGGCAAACAGUGGAUGAAGAUGAACAUGACAACCAAGAAGAACUAUGGGAGAAUGAAGUCGACAGUCUAGUAGCUUGGACUAACACUCUGUCUAACAAAAGAUUAGAGGAUUAAAUCAGAGAAAUUGUAUAUAUAGAUAAACAAGUACUAUAUAUAUUUUUUUCAAGUCUAAGAAUUUUUAUACUAUCCCUACCAGGCAAAUCUUUAGUUGUGACUUGGUCUUUUUGGCUUGGCACUAUUGGUUUCAGCUAGCUGGUGAGUAGGAAUGGAACAAGAAUCUCUUUUGCCUGUGCAACCAUGGCUUUUUAUCAGUAUUUGUGCCUCCCUAUUGCCCUUGGUGGUUUGUUGCUGUGUAAUUUUUUGGAUCUUACUACUUAAAUAGCUUGCUGGUUUUAGGUAUUCUAACCUCUGCAGGGCCUACAGCAAUGACAAGGUAUAGCAACAACUAUGAAGAAGCAAGUAGCUUUGACUGCAUGGGAGAAAAGAUCUCUUGAAUGAGAGGAUGCUAUUGCAUUUAUCAGACUAUGGUUAUGUUCAGAAUCUAAAUCCAACAAUGAUAAUUUUUCACUCCAACCUUAGAUCAGAUCUUGGGUUCUUUUGGCAAUAAGACAGUAUUCACUUACAUUACUGAAUAUGAAAUGCGUGGAUGUGGCAUUUCACCUAAAAGAACUUUAUAUGUCUCUUAACUCUUCCUGGCUUAUCCAUUGUAGCCAGCACUGAGUAAUUCCCACGGCUGUGUUGAGACAUAUGAAAAGGUCAAAUGACACAUAGGUAGACAGGCUAGUAAAGAUUCAUAUGACCUGGAUCCAGACUCAGGUUUCAAGAGCUAGCCUGAUACUCUCAUUAGCUAAACAAAAGGCAUGCUGUCAUAAAGACUGUGGAAUCGCAUUCACAGAAGGUCUUUGAGAAUACAAAAGAAAUAUGUUUUUACAAUCUUCAAGUCACUGCCUCUUUAACACAUCUACACACUAUCUCAGGAGAGAUGUAAGUGUGUUUUAAUACUUGCACACUGUUUCCUUGGCGGGGGGGAACAAACUUGUAGGACUGAAGCGUAACUGUGAAAGAGGCAAGUACUAGGAAUCGAUUAGAAAUGUCUGCUGUGUGAUUGAACUUUAAGAAUAUUUGUUGUCUGAAUAUUUAGAGAUAAAAAGAUAUGAAUGUCAGACCUCUGAAACCUGUACUCUAGCUAAUAUAGUAGACAGAGUAGCUGUUAGGAUGCGAGCCUGCUCCAGGGUGUGCUUUAUGUGGAUGGAGUGCUGAUGGAGUGCUAGCUUGGAUCAUGGGAAACCCAUAUGAAAUGGCUUUGUAACAGCAGAUAUGUUAUGAUUUUAUGAGUCACAAGCCUCUCUGUGCCUCAGCUUCCCACUGUAGGAGUAAUCUUUUCCUCAAAAUGGUCCUGAAGAAUAAAAACAUUGAAAACUGUGAGGCACAUACGUACUGCAGUGCUUGCAAGAGUUUUUUUUUUAAAAAAAGGAGCCCAGGGCUGAAAGAUAGGUAAUCUGUCCCCUGUCCACAACUGUGUUUCUAUGACAUGGCCAUGGACAAGUCAUUUCACCUUUCUGAGAUUUCCUUCUCGUUGACCUGUCUUAUCUACAAGGGUGGUGUGUUCUUCAGAACAAGAUUUGCUUCCGUGAUGUGCUUAAAUGUUCAUAGCCAAUCUGGUCAUCCUCUGAAAACACUGUACUAUUUCCAGAGCAAAGCAGGAUCUUUGGAACUUACCAAUAAACUCAGUUUUCAAAGAAAAUCCUUAUAUUAGCCUUGUAAUGCAUGAAAAUUUGUUGUCUUGUAUGUUUUACGUACACAUACAUGUUUACCUCUGUUGAAAUCUGAGAUUUGCUUAAUUUGAGGAAAGAGUUUAACUAGGAGUUUGGUACAAAGAUACAAAGGCACAAAGAUACAUUAUGCAUAGACUUACACAUUUACAUCUGGAAAAAUUAAUAAACUUUCAUGGUGCAAAAUUGCUACUCGUGAUCAGCAGGCGCAGAACACAAAAUGAGUCUGAGUAGGUACUAGCUCUGCUAGACUGAUCUCUAAAGGAAGGAUGGUUAACUCUACCAUGUCCUUGCAGGUGUCUUUCUGGAAGCUGAUUGCAGCCUUGAAUGCAAGGGAUAUAUAAUGAAGGGAAAACAUAGCUUGCGUUGCAGUCUGUGGAUGCAGAUGAUAUCAGUUUAAUCCUGUUGAACAUGUGUGGAAAAUGAUCUCCUGCUGCAGACGCUUUGUAUCUUUUCUAAUGGAAAUCCAGCUCCAGAUUUUCCCACAUACAGAGUAAAUGGGACCUGCACUGCCAUCCUUUAAAUUUCACACCUCUUUAUGGCCUCUUAUCUGUGACCUUUGCUUCCUAGAAGUAUUAUAGGCAGAGUGUAGCUCAGGUGGUGUGUGUCUGCUAUGCGAAAUAAGAG